AUGAAAUCCAUCAGGGAGCAAGCGUUGCAGCAAAGCAGAUCGGCGGUCAAGGGAGGAAAACGAGCAUAUAAGGCCGGCAAAAAGCCAGGAAGGAUCAGGGACCGAGUGUCGUCGCAUUCAUGCGUUCCAGCGAUCAGGGCGGCCAAAGGAGGAAGAAAAGUCGCAAGGGAGGCGGGAAGCCAGGAUGAAAUCCAUCAGGGAGCAAGCGUUGCAGCGGUUUCAGGGCUGUCAAGGGCAGAAAAAGAGGAGCCAGCAGCCAAAAAGGAAUCGGGGAAGCAAUCCGAGAGACGGGAAAGGUACACCACAACAGCACGCGGGUCGAGGGAAGAAAAGGAGGAGCCGGCAGCCAAAAAUGAAUCAUCGGGUCGAGGGAAAAAAAGGAAUCGGGGAGAAAGCGAGAGACAGACAGUAUUAGAAGCCCUUGCAAUCCCGUACGAAAAGAGAUUUAUUGAUCUGAUAGGCAAAAAGGAUCACAAAAGUCCAGAAUAUCUAGCAAUCAACCCAGAAGGCAAAGUACCGUAUAUUGUUGAUGGGAAUUUUAAUUUGGGGGAAAGUCGGGCUAUCAUUUGCUAUCUUUGCUCAAAAUAUGAGGAAAAUGACAAGGAAAAGAAACUAUAUCCGACCGAAUUGAAAGCUCGGUCCAAAGUCAACGAAUCGCUCUUCCAAGAUUUUCAGUACUUCACAAAUCUUUUAGAAUAUUCCAAUAUCCUUGGAGUUCUUUAUCGUGGAGAAACUGGUCCAAUUCCUGAACGAUGGCCUGCGUUAGAAGACAACUAUAAUCGUUUAGAAAGAAGACUUACACAACAAGAAUAUAUGGCUUCAGAUUAUAUUACCGUUGCAGAUUAUUCCGCGUUUGCUGUCGUUGCUGGUAUCGAAAUUCAUCUUCCUGAACUGGACUUUGACAAAUAUCCACGCCUUCUAGAAUGGAAAAAAAAAAUGGAAGAUAUGCCCGCCGUUGAUUUUUGUUAUGGAGAUUCUGAGGCAAAGUUCAAAGAAUUGUUCGAUGAAAUUGUGGCUGCAAACACAGAGAAAAAUGCAAACAAAAAUUGAUUGGUUUUUGAAGAAUGAUAUUUGUUGGAAACACUAUAUGGAUAUGCCAUACUACUAAACUCUUACUUUUUUUGUAAUUAAUUAUUGACUUUUUUGAUGUUUUUUCGACCCGUUUCAUAUAACUUAUUGUAUUCAGGUUGAUUCACAAACUAUUACUGCUUUUUGCGGUCGUGAUUGCACGAUUGUCCAUAUAUAUAAGCUAGCAUCCAAAUGUAUGUACAUAUUUUUUUCUCUCAUUUUGUUGCAUUACAUAUAUGCCAUUAUGCUUCAGUAAACCUUGAAAUAACAGGCUUUGCAAAUGCCUGGUUAUUACGCAUUGACGAAGCAUGGCGAAGAGGGUUAAGAUAGCUUUGAACCAAAGACGGUAAUCCCAACGCGUUAUCCAACAUAGCAUUAUAGAUCAUGCAUGCUGUUUCUAUGUAUUUUAAAGUAUAUAGUAAGUACAUCUGCAAUAAUGUUAUAAUGGGAACAGCCAUAUGCGCGUAACAGCAUUAAUGAACUGAAUUCAUGCAUUCAUUGUGGAGUAAUAUCUCAAUGUCUUAGGGCGUUCGCAGUGUAAA